AUGGAGAAUGAAUCAACCCAAGAACACACUCCAAUAUCUGACAGAUCAGCACAUCAACAAAAAGCAUCCUCUAGUUCUCCAACAAUUAUGGCAGCUGUAACAACACCUACACGUUCUCCAGAAAGAAUUGUGACAGAAAAUGUACGAACCCAAGAAGAAAUACCAGCAUGUCAAUUGCCAGGAUAUCAACAUGGGGCAAGUUCACCAACAACCGCAGCAGUUGCAGCUGAGGAAGCAGGUUCUGUUCCAUAUAACAUAUCGUUCAUUGUAAACAAACUGACAUUUGAGGAAGUGAAAUCAGACCCAGCAAAACCAGCAACAAAGAUUGCAGCUGAGCUCACAGAUCUGUUCAUGAACAGCAACAUCAAAGCAACUUUCACGAAGUGCACCAUGAAUAUAUUCAGAGAGCUAAUGAAUGACAGCACUGGAGUGACAGUGAAUUGUUUGUUCAAAAAUGAGUCUGAAGCACAAGGCAUCAACGAAGAACAUGUGUAUGAUAUACUUAAAGAGGAAACCAGGAACUCUUCCAGAUUUGGGCCAUAUGAAUUGGAGAAACUCAGCCUCUAUGUAAAUGGUUACACAGAGCUCCCUACUGCCAUUGUUCCAGUUGAAACAAAUCCCAUAGUAUAUUAUGUGUCAUUCAACGUAAAAAAGCCAAACUUUGAGGAAAUUCAAUCAAACCCAUCAGUACAGGCCAAAGUGAUUACAACUGAGCUCACAGAUCUGUUCCUGAACAGCCACAUCAAUGCAACAUUCCUGAAAUGUGUCGUCCACUCAUUCAGAGAGGUAAUGGAUGACAGCACCAGAGUGACAGCAAAUUGUUCAUUCAAAAAUGAGACUGAUAUCGAAGGAGUCAUCAUUGAACAUGUGUAUCAAGUGUUUGAAAAGAACACCAAUGACGUGUCUAUACUUGAGAUAUAUGAACUGGAGAAGCACAGUCUCUAUGUAUCUGAUAACAUGGAAUCUCCGACUGCCAUCGCUCCAGUCGAGGAAACAAAUCCCAUUAUGCAUUAUGUGUCAUUUAUUGUAAAAAAGCCGAACUUUGAGGAAAUUCAAUCCAACCUAUCAGAACAGGCCAAAGUGAUUACAACUGAGCUCACAGAUCUGUUCCUGAACAGCCGCAUCAAUGCAACAUUCCUGAAAUGUGUCGUCCACUCACUCAGACUGGUAAGAGAUGACAGCACCAGAGUGACAGCAAAUUGUUCGUUCAAAAAUGAGACUGAUAUCGAAGGAGUCAUCAGCCAACAAGUGUAUGACGUAUUUGAAAAGAACACCAAUGACAUGUCUACACUUGGGACGUACGAACUGGAAAAGGACAGCCUCUAUGUAUCUGAUAACAUGGAAUUCCCGACUACCAUUGCUCCAGUCGAGGAAACAAAUCCCAUUAUGUAUUAUGUGUCAUUUAUUGUAAAAAAACCGAACUUUGAGGAAAUUCAAUCAAACCUAUCAGAACAGGCCAAAGUGAUUGCAACUGAGCUCACAGAUCUGUUCCUGAACAGCCGCAUCAAUGCAACAUUCCUGAAAUGUGUCGUCCACUCAUUCAGAGAGGUAAUAGAUGACAGCACCAGAGUGACAGCAAAUUGUUCGUUCAAAAAUGAGACUGAUAUCGAAGGAGUCAUCAGCCAACAAGUGUAUGACGUAUUUGAAAAGAACACCAAUGACAUGUCUACACUUGGGACGUACGAACUGGAAAAGGACAGCCUCUAUGUAUCUGAUAACAUGGAAUUCCCGAAUGCCAUUGCUCCAGUCGAGGAAACAAAUCCCAUUAUGCAUUAUGUGUCAUUUAUUGUAAAAAAGCCGAACUUUGAGGAAAUUCAAUCCAACCUAUCAGAACAGGCCAAAGUGAUUACAACUGAGCUCACAGAUCUGUUCCUGAACAGCCGCAUCAAUGCAACAUUCCUGAAAUGUGUCGUCCACUCACUCAGACUGGUAAGAGAUGACAGCACCAGAGUGACAGCAAAUUGUUCGUUCAAAAAUGAGACUGAUAUCGAAGGAGUCAUCAGCCAACAAGUGUAUGACGUAUUUGAAAAGAACACCAAUGACAUGUCUACACUUGGGACGUACGAACUGGAAAAGGACAGCCUCUAUGUAUCUGAUAACAUGGAAUUCCCGACUACCAUUGCUCCAGUCGAGGAAACAAAUCCCAUUAUGUAUUAUGUGUCAUUUAUUGUAAAAAAACCGAACUUUGAGGAAAUUCAAUCAAACCUAUCAGAACAGGCCAAAGUGAUUGCAACUGAGCUCACAGAUCUGUUCCUGAACAGCCGCAUCAAUGCAACAUUCCUGAAAUGUGUCGUCCACUCAUUCAGAGAGGUAAUAGAUGACAGCACCAGAGUGACAGCAAAUUGUUCGUUCAAAAAUGAGACUGAUAUCGAAGGAGUCAUCAGCCAACAAGUGUAUGACGUAUUUGAAAAGAACACCAAUGACAUGUCUACACUUGGGACGUACGAACUGGAAAAGGACAGCCUCUAUGUAUCUGAUAACAUGGAAUUCCCGACUACCAUUGCUCCAGUCGAGGAAACAAAUCCCAUUAUGUAUUAUGUGUCAUUUAUUGUAAAAAAACCGAACUUUGAGGAAAUUCAAUCAAACCUAUCAGAACAGGCCAAAGUGAUUGCAACUGAGCUCACAGAUCUGUUCCUGAACAGCCGCAUCAAUGCAACAUUCCUGAAAUGUGUCGUCCACUCAUUCAGAGAGGUAAUAGAUGACAGCACCAGAGUGACAGCAAAUUGUUCGUUCAAAAAUGAGACUGAUAUCGAAGGAGUCAUCAGCCAACAAGUGUAUGACGUAUUUGAAAAGAACACCAAUGACAUGUCUACACUUGGGACGUACGAACUGGAAAAGGACAGCCUCUAUGUAUCUGAUAACAUGGAAUUCCCGAAUGCCAUUGCUCCAGUCGAGGAAACAAAUCCCAUUAUGCAUUAUGUGUCAUUUAUUGUAAAAAAGCCGAACUUUGAGGAAAUUCAAUCCAACCUAUCAGAACAGGCCAAAGUGAUUACAACUGAGCUCACAGAUCUGUUCCUGAACAGCCGCAUCAAUGCAACAUUCCUGAAAUGUGUCGUCCACUCACUCAGACUGGUAAGAGAUGACAGCACCAGAGUGACAGCAAAUUGUUCGUUCAAAAAUGAGACUGAUAUCGAAGGAGUCAUCAGCCAACAAGUGUAUGACGUAUUUGAAAAGAACACCAAUGACAUGUCUACACUUGGGACGUACGAACUGGAAAAGGACAGCCUCUAUGUAUCUGAUAACAUGGAAUUCCCGACUACCAUUGCUCCAGUCGAGGAAACAAAUCCCAUUAUGUAUUAUGUGUCAUUUAUUGUAAAAAAACCGAACUUUGAGGAAAUUCAAUCAAACCUAUCAGAACAGGCCAAAGUGAUUGCAACUGAGCUCACAGAUCUGUUCCUGAACAGCCGCAUCAAUGCAACAUUCCUGAAAUGUGUCGUCCACUCAUUCAGAGAGGUAAUAGAUGACAGCACCAGAGUGACAGCAAAUUGUUCGUUCAAAAAUGAGACUGAUAUCGAAGGAGUCAUCAGCCAACAAGUGUAUGACGUAUUUGAAAAGAACACCAAUGACAUGUCUACACUUGGGACGUACGAACUGGAAAAGGACAGCCUCUAUGUAUCUGAUAACAUGGAAUUCCCGACUGCCAUUGCUCCAGUCGAGGAAACAAAUCCCAUUAUGCAUUAUGUGUCAUUUAUUGUAAAAAAGCCGAACUUUGAGGAAAUUCAAACCAACCUAUCAGAACAGGCCAAAGUGAUUACAACUGAGCUCACAGAUCUGUUCCUGAACAGCCGCAUCAAUGCAACAUUCCUGAAAUGUGUCGUCCACUCAUUCAGACUGGUAAGAGAUGACAGCACCAGAGUGACAGCAAAUUGUUCGUUCAAAAAUGAGACUGAUAUCGAAGGAGUCAUCAGCCAACAAGUGUAUGACGUAUUUGAAAAGAACACCAAUGACAUGUCUACACUUGGGACGUACGAACUGGAAAAGGACAGCCUCUAUGUAUCUGAUAACAUGGAAUUCCCGACUACCAUUGCUCCAGUCGAGGAAACAAAUCCCAUUAUGUAUUAUGUGUCAUUUAUUGUAAAAAAACCGAACUUUGAGGAAAUUCAAUCAAACCUAUCAGAACAGGCCAAAGUGAUUGCAACUGAGCUCACAGAUCUGUUCCUGAACAGCAGCAUCAAUGCAACUUUCCUGAAAUGCGUCGUCCACUCAUUCUGGGAGGUAAUGGAUGACAGCACCAGAGUGACAGCAAAUUGUUCAUUUAAAAAUGAGUCUGAUACAGCAGGCGUUAACAGAGAACGUGUGUAUGAAGAAUUUGCAAGGAAGACCAGUAACGUGUCUGUACUUGGGUCAUAUGAAUUGGAGAAGAACAGCCUCUCUGUAAAUGGUUACAUGGAGUUAUCCUCACCAACUAGCACCGUUCCAGACAAGCACACAUACCCUAUUUAUUACAACGUGACAUUUGUUGUAAACAAACUAACACUUGAACAAGUUGAAUCAAACAAAACAGAAAAGGCGAGCAUGAUUGCAGCUGAGCUCACAGACCUGUUCAAAGACAGCAAAAUCAACACAACGUUUAUAGAAUGUGCUGUUGAAUCGUUCAGAAAAGUAAUGGAUGACAGCACAAGGGUGACAGCUAACUGUUCCUUCAAAAACGAGUCUCUGAUGGAAGGUAUCGACAGAGAACGUGUGUAUGAUAUAUUUAAAGAGGAGACAAGCAACAUGUCAACAUUUGGGUCAUACGAUCUGGAGAAGCACAGCCUCUACGUAAAUGGUUAUAGAGAGAUUCCCUCACAUAUUACCCCUGAUGAACCAAAUCAAAGCAGAUCUCAAAUUCGAUUUAAUGUAACCUUCACUAUAACAAAUUUGCCUUAUAUGGAAGGACUUCAUAACCAGGAAUCCCACUUGUACCAAUCAGCUUCGCAAAUAGUUACUAAACAGCUCACUGCCUCGUUUGAAAAAAGUAAAAUAAAUACAACAUUUAUAGCCUGCAACACAAUGUCUUUAAGUGCGACAAGCGAUUACAAGACAAAAGUGUAUGCAAUCUGUUCUUUCAAUGAAACUUCUGAUGAAGAGAACGUGGAUAGAGUUAUCGUGUACCAUCAAUUCCGUUACAAGACAAAGAACCUCACUGCUUUGGGACCCUAUUCCGUGGAUAAAUACUCUCUCUUUGUAAAUGACUAUCAUGAAUCAGCUUAUCCAACCAAAGAACCACCCAUUGUACCUGAAACUCAGCACCCAAGUUUGAGUCAGACACCUCUAUGCUUCAACGUGUCUUCUAUCGCCACAAAACUACCAUACAGUUCAGUUCUACUUGAUCCAACAUCACAAGUCCAUCAAUCUGCUUCAUUUAAUUGCAUUCAACAGCUCAACGGCAUACUCCGCAACAGCAGUAUCAGUGCAGCAUUUUUGGGAUGUACAAAUGUCUCCUUCAGCAAUGCAAAUAAGGGCCUUGUGAAAGUGCUUGCUACCUGCCUGUUCAAGAAAGAUGUUCAGGAGGUUGACAAUGUUAUUGUGGAUCAGGUAUUCAGAGAUGCAACAAGUAAUACCUCCAACACGAUUUAUGGAUUUCUCAUGGAUAAUCUUCAAGUUACUGGUUGCAAGGAACCAGAAGUCCCUACCACAGUUGCCACACCUUCACAAGAGGUUUCACCAACAGAGGCAGAACGUCAAGGCGAUCUCACCUUCGAAGUUAACUUCACAAUAAUAAACGUCAACUUUACAGACAACCUCUUUAAUUCAAGUUCCUCUGAAUAUAUAAACCUGUCUAAUGGUAUUACAAAAAAGAUGUCGGCGUUAUUUAGAGAAAGCUCUUUGAAGAAAAGUCAUAAAUUCUGCCGUGUUACUGAAUUAAGCCCAGGACCCGACAGCCCAGGAUCGGUGAAUGUUUUCACUACUUGCUUCUUUGACCCUGUUAAAGAAACUGAAAGUAUCACUGAAAACAGAAUCAGAUCAGACUUUGAAACAGGAACAAAUAACGUAACUUGGCUUGGCCAAUACCAACUUAAACCUAGAAGCCUUUCUGUGGCUGCGGCAUCACCAGUUACCACUGACAAAGUAGAAUUACCAUAUUGGGCCAUCAUCGUUAUUGUACUGGGCAUUCUGCUGGCUUUGCUUUUAGUUAUGAUUCUGGGAUGCUUGAUUGCAUUGUGUAUAAAGAAGAAAUUCCAUGGCUUCUACAACCUGCUACAAAAUCCUUUUGGAAUCUACUACAGUCACCUGGAUGGAAAGAAGUAGUUCUUGCACUUGAAAGUUAAUCUUACUAAUAUGAUCAUUGUAAUAUUUAAGAGUGUAGCUAAUGUAAUUUUGUAAAAUAUACAGUUCUAUAUAUUUUUGACUAAGUCACCUUGAGCAGCAACUUCUGGUCAAAGUUUUAUUAUUUGGUUUUGUUCUGAGAAAAGUAGUUACCCAAGUCACUUGGACAUAUACACCUAACUCCUUCCUGGAAAGAUCUUUGAAAAAAAGUUUAAGACUGAAAAUGAUGAGCAUCCUUCACAGUUUCACACAAAUUAUCCAUUGUUCAAUUUGAUAAGCAAGGAUGAUAUUUUUCUAUCUAUUACUGCUACUAUUUAGGUAACACACAAGUUUUGAGAGUAUUAAUAUAUUUCUUGUAGUUAAAAGGAAAUAAAAUUGGAAUACUGAAAUAACUUGACAGUGCAAGUACAUUUUGUAUUUAGAAAGUUAUUUAAAUUUCACCUCACAUUUUCACUAUGGUGCAACUUGCACCAGAUUCACAGAAGUACUGAGCAACCCUGCCAACCCAGGCCAGCCUCUACUAUUUCAUCUUUUAUUCCCUUCACCCAGGGGCUCCUGACCGUUUUUAUGCCAUGGACCCCUAUCAUUAAAUAAGGAGUCAUGGAGCCCGGGACGGGAACCCCUGCAGCAGGCUCUCUUCAAUCUGCAGCAUCGAGCAAUUAUUCAAGUCCUGUGUGGUCAGCUAUGCAAGACUCCUAGUUCAUCCGUUUUGUAUAAAUGAAGCUCAGUGCUGAAUUGAGUUCUCACGUCAGACAUCAGAGAAUUCUUCAACCACUUGACAAUCGUUCUGGGCAUGUUAAAUUUGUUCCUUAAUUUCUCCGUAUGUAGGAGAGAGAAGACUGCAGAUGAACUAUCUGUAUGACAACAACAAUUUAUUGAAAGGGUAUCAAUGGAUUAAAAUAUUGGAACAAUCAGUACUUCAUUCCUUUGUAAAUAUGUAAACCCUCUGUCUGUGUUCUGUUGUUCAUUAUAUAUUUAUGAGAAAUUGUAGGGAUGAUUCUGCAGUUUAUUGCUGCCUAUGGAGAGCUGCUCAAAAUACAUAUACCAGAAAUGUGGGCAUAUAAUUUUAAAUUGCAGAAUCA